GAAACUAUCCAGUUUGUUUACAUGUUACGCACCUUUUCAAGAGGAUCGGGAGGCCCAGUGCUGUUGUGACAUCCUCCGGUUUUCGUCCCGUUGUACCCCAUAUCUUCACUAAUGCGAUCCCACAGGUCUUAAAUUGAAGAUGGCAUCCGACAACCUUCCAUCCGAGUUUGAUGUUGUCAUACUUGGCACGGGCCUCACAGAGUCUAUCAUAGCAUCAGCCUGUUCUAGGGUGGGGCAGAAGGUGCUGCACAUUGACCGGCGGAACUACUAUUCAAGCAAAUGGGCUGGCUUCAACUUCAACAGCCUGCUGUCCUGGAUUGAGGAGCACAAGGCUCAGCAGGGAGCCCAGAGCAAAGAUGACUGUGCAGAGUGGAGGAAUAAACUGGUUGACGGGGAGGAGGCUUUGCUCAUCAGUGCUGAUGACUCUUUCAUCGCCAACCUAGAGGUUUUCUGUUAUGCCAGUUUAGAGGCUGAAGAGGAGGAAAAGGAAGAAGUGGCUGAGGCAGCACCUUCAUUUGCAGAACCUGAAGAGGGAACAAAGGGGGAGGCGGAAGGCAGUCUUGAUGUCACACAGGAAACCGCAGCCACCGGUGAAACUCAACACACCCCAGUAGAUGGUGUUCAAGAGGAAGGAGUCUCUCAAGAUGCCAGCCAAGAAGAUGAGGCGGAGGAAAAGAAAGACCAACAAGAGGACUCCACAGCAAGUCCAGUUAAGGAGGUGAAGAAGAAAAUCACCUACGCUCAUCUAGUGAAAGAAGGACGCAGGUUCAACAUUGACCUGGUGUCUAAGAUGAUCUACUCUCGCGGCAGCCUGGUCGAUCUCCUGAUCCAGUCCAAAGUCAGCCGCUACACCGAGUUCAAAAUCGUCACCCGCAUCUUGACCUACCGCAACGGCAGGGUGGAACAGGUGCCGUGUUCACGGGCUGAUGUGUUCGCUAGCAAGCAGCUGACUAUGGUGGAGAAGCGCAUGCUGAUGAAGUUCCUCACCUUCUGCCUGGACUUCGAGCAGCAUCCAGAAGAGUAUAAAGAGGCGUCUGACCAGCUGUUCUGGGAGUUCCUCCAAACCAAGAAGCUCACGGAGAACCUCCAACAUUUCGUCCUCUACUCUAUCGCCAUGGUGACGAAGGAGACGCGUACUGAGGAUGGCCUCAAGGCCACACAGCACUUCCUGCGCUGCCUGGGUCGCUACGGCAACACGCCCUUCCUGUUCCCCUUGUAUGGUCUAGGUGAGAUACCACAGUGCUUUUGCAGGAUGAGUGCCGUGUUCGGAGGGAUCUAUUGCCUGCGCCACUCCGUCCAGUGUUUGGUAGUGGACAAGGAAACAAACAGCUGCAAAGCUGUUAUCGACACGCAAGGCCAGCGAAUCAGCUGCACCCAUUUUGUGGUGGAGGACGGCUUUGUGAGAGAACAGUGGAAGAGCACGGAUGAGAGGUACAUCUCCAGGGCAGUCCUCAUCACUGACCGGUCGGUGCUGCCAGCUGAUUCUGAGCAACAGAUCUCCCUGUUGACGGUUCCUCCUCUAAAACAGGGCGGCUCAGCAGUCCACAUGGUCGAGCUCUGCUCCUCCUCCAUGACCUGCAUGCCCGGUACCUUCCUGGUGCAUCUCACCUGCUCCUCCAAAGGAACCGCCCAGGAGGACCUAGAGCCCCUCGUUUCCAAAAUGUUCUACGUGCCCCCCAGCCCCGGCGAGGAACUUGCAGAAGGCGAUGAGAGGAGUGGCCAGCCAACAGUGUUGUGGGCAUUGUACUUCAACAUGCUGGACACCUCCAGGAUGGACGGCAGCAGCAGUAACAGCGGCUUUGAUUUGCCCAGCAACGUGCAUGUCUGCAUUGGCCCCGACGUGACCCUAGGGUGCGACUUCUCCAUCAAGCUGGCUGAGAAGAUUUUCCGCCAGCUUCUGCCAGAUGAGGAGUUCUGCCCACCUGCCCCCGACCCAGAGGACAUCAUAUAUGAGGGCGAAGCACCCCAGGGGGAAGGCUCGGGAUUCGAACAGGAGACUUCCAAGACCGAGGGCUCCAGUCUCCAAAGUGAAGGUGAGGGCUUGGAGAGCCAGUCAGAGACUGAGAAAGAGGCAGGAGAAAUGGAGACUCCUGCCCAGAAAGCCCCUGAAGAAGUCCUGAAAGAGGACACCUCCCCAUCUGAAGAGUAGACAGCAUACUCCUUCAUGGAGAAACCACUCCUUAAAUCAACAACCUACCGCCUUACCAGCCUCCCUCCCACUGCCCUAAAUUACCCCCUCCCUCUAUGGAAAUAGUGUCACCAGAACCAGUGAAUCACAGUUGCCUCAAAAAGAGAACAUGACACAAAUAUCAUAGUAACACGCAGAGAGCUUCAGGACUUGCAUGAUCCAGCUGUGACCUGAACAUCAAUUUUCACAGUAAUAUGUUUAAAGAUGGUACCUACAGGCAUAUACAGUUAUAUUAAAAUAUAUCACAGCAGUGAUCGAUACACCCCUUAUAUCAUCAUACGGUAUAUACACUCAAAUGUGUCUGUCCAAGACAUGCUUUAUUAAACAACACAGAGUAAUGAUACAGAAAAUAUAACAUGUCUCUUAAACCAUUUCUGUUCUGUGAUCAGUUUACCAGGCUGAUUGUUUACUCUCCCAUAAGUAAUAAUGAAGUAGUGACAAUGCAAUGGAGUGACAACAUCUAGGAUGGUUUUAUUGUCAGCAGUUUAUGAAAGGGACUGAACUCUUUUCUAUUUUGAGGUUUUAUUUAUGUGCAUUUUUCUUACCUCUGUCUUAUCAUAGUUCUCACAUUUUAUGGUUUUCAGAAGGCCUAUUGUUCUUUGUUAACAUUUUUUUCUCUCAGCUUUUCUUGUUUGACCGAGUAUUGUAUUGUCAGCCAUUGUGCCUGAGUUGUCAUGCACAACUGAUUCUAAAAGCUCCCCAAAAGUUUUCCCAAACAGUUUGUUGCCUAAAAUCAGUCUCAUCAGUGAAAUGAUAGACUCAGCUGAAACAAACCAUGCAUGAAAUGAGGCCACAUGUUAGUGAUUACUUUUGCCAGCCAUAUUUAAAGUAAUAUCGUUUGACAUUUGCACAAUAUGUUUUCAGUCAUUUUUAUAGAUUGUCACCUUUGACAGUCAUUUCCAGCGUAUCCCCUGCUCCAUGGUGGAAGUGAUUAGCAUAUCCAUCUUAUAUAGAUGUCAGAGAAACAUGGAAAGUUUUGUUUUUUGUGUGUGUGGACAGUCAUCAGUCAGUGGUUCAGUCAUCAGUCAGUGGUUUCCCUUGAUCAGAACGUAAAUUACCUUUUUUUAUUUAAAGGCUCAUUCAGUCUAACUGAUUUAAGCAGUUGCCAGAGGCUGAAUCAGGUUAUAACUUGCACAGAAUAGUUGGGCAACUAUACUGUAGAUUAGCUGCAAACUCUAGUUUGUUAUGGCUUAGGGGAAUCUUGGUGAAUGUGAGAAAAUCUUUUCGCAAAUUAAAGAAGUAAAUCACUCCUCUUUACAUUUUCAUAGUUUCGCAGUUAAAUAGGAUGCCUAUUUUGAUGUUCAUAGUCUAACUUAAAUUGGACUGUAAUCUGAGGUUAACAUAAACAUAAACUUUCAAUCUCUACCUUGUUCCCAUGCUUCUAUCAGUUAGUUGGCACCUGGCAGUUGGCCUUGGCAAAUAUUUUAUUUUGUUUUAUGAAUGUGCCCUUUGACCAAAGGCGGAUAUUCUGUGUUUAGGUAGCUCGCCAACAUGCACUAUGUGUCUGCUUCUAUAUGUAAUAUUUAUUCAUUUGACAGUAAAGUGUAUACCUCCUGUAUUUGAUGCUAAGCGAGUCACAUGUUUAUAUUAUGUGCAGCAAGCACAAUAUUUAUUGGACUCACACCUGUGAGUUACAAAGUUAAGGGAGCCUUCAGCCAUAAGUGUUAUCAGAAACCUGUUUGUCCCUAUAUGUUUUGUGCAUGUACUUCAGUGUUUAAUGUAUCUUUUUAAUGAGUAUCCAACAUUAAAGUCCAUAUCUUUACCAUGAAA